GCGCACUGCGGUUCGGCGCGGUGCUGCCAGUGAAGAAGGCGGCGGGGCCCGGCCGCGGGGCGCUGUUCCCUCGCGGAGAAGAAGGCCGAGGCUGCAGCCUGGCAGCGGCGGAGUCUCCGCCGGGGUGGGGCUGGGAUAGCGGAACGGACCUGGAGGACAUGGACGGCGGAGGAGCCCCCUCGACUAGGGGCCACGGCAGCGGGGGCGGAGUGAUCCGCGAGCUGUGCCGCGGCUUCGGCCACUACAACCGGCACCUGGCGCGGUUACAGCACAACCUGCGGGAGACCAAGAAGUUCUUCCGCGACAUCAAGUACUCCCAGGGGCAGCCCUUCCCCAUCGUGGUCGCCCCCCCCGGGUUCGGGGAGCCGCCGCCGACGCCGGCCGUCCUCCCCACGCCCGGCUCUAGGGACAGCGCCCCCAGCGGCGUGCUGCAGGCCGGACAAUUGAUUUCCUUAUCCUUCCCCCGCCAUGAAGAGGAGUACCUCCAGCUGACAGUGAACUGGCACCCAUGCCUUCUAAUCCUUGGUCAGAACUGCAAUGCCAAAUGCCAAUUACUAAACAUGCUUUUGGGUGAGAAGCUGCUACCCACCACUAAAAUAAGCAGCGAGGAGAACUGUAAGAGGCGGCGGAUCCGCUUCACACAUGGGACACAAACACGGAUUAGUCUGGCGCUGCCUGGGCAGUAUGAACUGGUGCAUAUGUUGGCAGCCCAUCAAGGGCAAUGGGACACAAUACCGGAGGAGGACUUGGAAAUCCAUGGGGACAAUGAGGAUCCAGCACACCAGAUAGCAGAGCUGGAGGUGACGCUGCCUUACUUGCUACUAAAGGAGGUGGACAUUGUGGUAGCCCCGUGUCGGGGAUUCCAGUCUGCUGAGGUCACCUUGGGAGAGUACGUGAACCAUGUCUUGCCUGUCGUCACCUUUGCCAUCAGUGAGGCUAAACUGUCAGCAUCUGAUGAAAACGAACUGCGGGAAAUCAAAGAGAAAUUCUCUUUGCCUGUAUUCUUUUGCAAAGUGCCGGAGUCAGAGGCUGAACUGAUUUCUCCCAAAAAGGCUGAGAAUGAGAAGUCAUCCCUCUACUGUCAGCUGAUGGACCUAGACUAUCUGAGUACCAACCACUGCAGCUGUGGGGCCCCUAGUUCUGAUGCCAAAGCCCAGAGCAUGCUGGUGGAGCAAUUUGAGAAAUUCCGCCUCCUGAGCACUUUCUCCAGGCAGGUGCUGCAGAAGCACCUGGUGGAUGUAGCCACCAUCCUGAACAUGGUGCACUGCCGCUGCCUGGACAUCUUCAUCAACCAGGCUUUCGACAUGCAACGAGACUUGCAGAUCACCCCAAAACGGCUGGAGUACACGCGCAAAAAGGAGAAUGAGCUCUAUGAGUCUCUGAUGGGUAUUGCCAAUCGCAAGCAGGAGGAGAUGAAGGACAUGAUCAUAGAGACUCUCAACAACAUGAAAGAGGAGCUGCUGGAAGAUGCUGCUAACAUGGAAUUCAAAGACAUCAUAAUUCCUGAGAAUGGGGAACCUGUGAGUUCCAAGGACAUUAAAUGUUGUAUUAAGCAAAUCCAGGAACUGAUCAUUUCUCGGUUAAACCAAGCGGUUGCCAACAAAUUGAUAAGCUCCGUAGACUACCUGCGUGAAAGCUUUGUGGGGACGCUGGAGAGAUGCCUGAGGAGUCUGGAGAAGUCUCAGGAUGUUUCAGUACAUAUCACGAGCAAUUAUCUCAAACAGAUACUAAAUGCAGCCUAUCACGUUGAAGUCACUUUUCACUCAGGCUCAUCAGUAACCAGAAUGCUGUGGGAACAAAUCAAACAGAUAAUUCAGCGGAUUACCUGGGUCAGCCCACCUGCUAUCACCAUGGAGUGGAAGCGGAAAGUAGCUCAGGAUGCUAUUGAGAGCCUCAGUGCCUCCAAGCUGGCGAAGAGCAUCUGCAGCCAAUUCCGGACCAGGCUAAACAGCUCUCAUGAGGCUUUUGCAGCCUCUCUGCGACAGCUAGAGGCUGGCCAUUCAGGCAGGCUGGAGAAAACGGAAGACCUUUGGCUGAAGGUGCGGAAAGACCAUGCCCCUCGGCUAGCCCGCCUCUCGCUGGAGAGCAGGUCUCUGCAGGAUGUGUUGUUACACGGUAAACCGAAGCUAGGCCGUGAGCUGGGCCGAGGGCAGUAUGGAGUGGUUUACUUGUGUGAUAGUUGGGGGGGCCAUUUCCCAUGUGCACUCAAAUCAGUCGUCCCUCCAGAUGAGAAGCACUGGAAUGACCUUGCACUUGAGUUUCACUAUAUGAGGUCUUUACCAAAGCAUGAGCGACUGGUAGAUCUCCAUGGCUCCGUGAUAGAUUACGGCUAUGGGGGAGGUUCCAGCAUUGCUGUCCUACUGAUAAUGGAACGGUUGCACAGAGAUCUCUAUACAGGACUAAGGGCUGGGCUGAUACUGGAGACACGAUUGCAGAUUGCUCUGGAUGUAGUUGAAGGGAUCCGGUUUCUGCACAGUCAGGGGCUUGUUCAUCGGGACAUCAAACUUAAAAAUGUAUUGCUUGACAAAAAGAAUCGUGCCAAAAUCACGGACCUGGGAUUCUGCAAGCCUGAGGCCAUGAUGUCUGGCAGUAUUGUUGGGACACCCAUCCAUAUGGCUCCUGAGCUCUUUACAGGGAAAUAUGAUAACUCGGUGGAUGUUUAUGCGUUUGGUAUCCUGUUUUGGUACAUCUGUUCAGGACACGUUAAGUUACCAGAGGCCUUUGAGAGGUGUGCAAGCAAAGACCACCUUUGGAACAAUGUUAGAAGAGGAGUACGCCCAGAGCGCCUCCCUGCAUUUGAUGAGGAAUGCUGGCAGCUGAUGGAAGCUUGCUGGGACGGAGACCCUUCCCAGCGUCCCCUCCUGGGCAUUGUCCAGCCCAUGCUGCAGAGGAUCAUGGACAGACUGUGCAAGUCAAGCUUUGAACAGUCAAACAAAGGGUUAGAUGAUUCUACUUGAAGGAAACAAGAAAGAACUGUUUUAUUAUGGGAGAACUCUGACCCCCUACUUGCAGAUAUCUUCUUUGAAGUAGCUCUUGCUGGGUAACAGGAGUUGCACUGGAGCAAACAAAAGAUGUCUCGCCUCAGAGCAUUGUGGACAUUCCAACUUGGGUAGCAGCCAGAAAAAUCCACUCCAGUGCACAAGUUACCCUGGCCCCCAUUUUUAUUACAAUGAUUAAGUGAAUAAAUAAAAGAUGGAGCAUCCAGGCCAUUUGGACUGCAAGGGAUCUCUGCUAAUCCCCUCCAGAUUGACCGAAGGAAAAGCAUCUGGUGCUUUAGGUAGCAACUGAGUCACUAGGGAUUUAUUACUGCAGUUCUCACGCAGUGGUAACGGUUGAAACCAAAAUAUCUUCCAUCUGCUGCUAUCUGUGGUUGACCUUUAGUAUAUCCACCAGCUUUCCUUAUCCUCAAAAUUUGAGCUUGGAUGGUUUGGGGGACAAAUGACAGUAACUACCUGAGGUGGGGCCCUUAGGCUACAAGGGGUGGGGGGGAUAUGAGUGUCGUUGUGCAUUAGCUGCUUACAACACUCAGUAUGUUUACAUUGACAGGAUCAAAGCAUCCACACUUUACCUAACGGGGAAUUUCUGCAUUCCACUGCAGCAGGAAUACCCCAAAAUCAUAAGCUAUCUGACUCUCUUUUUUUCCUUCCUCUUAUUUACUUGUAACCUGAGAGACCACUUUUUGUAAACAAGUUAUUGCUUCAAAUAACUCUGCUUAAUAGUGGUUGUUGGGGUGUCUAACCUGGCCUUUCUUUUAGUCUUUUGGUAAGAUGGGGACUUCAAACAAAUGGUUCAGAGAAAUUGCACAUAGUAUUUAUAGAAACACAAAACAUCAUUAGCAACUAUUGACUGAUGUCCAAACCCACUGGAAAAUUACCAGUUUGUGUUUUUAACUAAAAUGCUUUCCUUGUUUUGAACUAAGUGUAAAGGCAAUGACGGUUUUAAAUUCUGCUACUGACAUUUUAAAUAAGAUUUCUUCAACUUUUUAAAGUCAUUUGCUGGGUGAAAAAGUACCCAAGGGAAAACAGGUCUGCCAUUCUUCAGUGUGCGGGUGGAAGGGUGCAGGGGUUGCUGUGUCCACAUCUGAUCUCUUCACUUCCUUGGGCUUUGCAGUUUGGUGGUAUUAAAAAUUGGAGGUCAAUUGCAGGGGGUGUGUGGGGCAGGACAGUCCUGAUACCCCUUACAUGAAGGGCUCCUUCUGAAAACACACCCUUGCCACAGUGUUUCCUCUGCAUUUGGUUGGGCAAGGUUGAUACUUUGAAGUGCUUGGGGAUAGGUAGGGGGGCGGGAGAGGGUAGAAGGAGGGAAUCUGAAUGGAGAACACAGUUUGUAUGUGUGAGGAAACUGAUUACUUGGCAGUUUGUCCCUAGGUAUAACAACACCCCCCAGUGCAGGAGAUGGGGGCAGGCAGCGGCUUCAUUUUAACAGGAAAUCUAGCAUGCCAUGUGCAAAGCCAUGCAGGGCUGUGAAAUUAUUACACCGUGCUGCUGGAAUUUACUGGGUGGUACAAAGCAAGAUUGCAACCAGUCCCCUUUUGCCUGCUAAACAGCUUGAACAAAGGAGAGGGAUAAAUAACCCUGCAGUGUUACUCAACAGUCUAGUUUAACCCAUCUUCUGUAUGCAAUAAAACUGAAAUAAUGCUUUUUAAAAAAAGAUUGCUUUUUACUUUAUUACAGACGAUGGCAUAAAAACUGUCGUCAUAGUUCCAUAGACAGAUUGCAGCCUCUCCAGUAACUUGCAUGGAAAUGGGCAGCAGCUAUAACUCACAUGCACAGAAAACCCAAUCUCUUUUCAAAGCAGGAUUAUUACUAGGAACUUUGCUGCCUUGGUGUAUGUCUGUGCCACCAGUGACUUUAACAGUAUUAAUCAGUUUUAUAUCCGUUUACCUUAUCCAAUGGUGGCUAGUAACUACGUUGAGAACUAGAAGAGUCUAGGUCAGUAUUUUUGCAGCUAUAGACAUAGUUUGUGUAACUAAACAAAAAAAAAUGAAUAAAAUGUAAAUCUAUAUAUACAAUUCCAGAAAUGUCUUGUAUAGCUUUCUCCUAUGUGGCACCUUCCUGACUUUUAUCCUGUGCCUUUUUAAUGUUGAUUGUAAGUACUUUGAAAUCCUUUUUUUUUUUU